AUGAUGACCACCGUGAUGAUGACCGUGAUGACCAUGAUGACCGUGAUGAUGAUGAUGACCAUGUCCAAGCUCGACGUGGAGAACUGGGGCGCCAAUGACUGGUGCUGGGAACACACCUGGUGCACCGUAUGGAUGAGCGGCGGGGUACACUACUGGAGCGGUAUAAGUUGGGGCGACAUAGUCGUAAUGUCCGUGAUGAUGGUGAUGAUGACCCAUAUUUGA